GUAAGUAGACGCCGAUUAGGGAUUUGCGAGCCGUGAAUUGCCGCGCACGAGUGAUCGCCGAGUCCUCUUUCUGCUCUUCGACUUGCGCCAUUUUCUCAGCCAUGUCGUCCAAGCUAGGCACCUUAUUUUAUGGAAAAUUAUAGCUUUCUAUUUCGAUUUCACCAUCCCUGUCUAUGCUAUGAUAUGUAAUUAUGAUAUGGAGAAUCGAAUUUUGUCUAUAUAUUUGUAGGAGGGAAAGCCAAGCCUUUGAAGCAACCCAAGGUUGAGAAGAAAGAUUAAGACGAGAAAUCAGGAUAUCUUAUUGUUUGUUCUUAAACGCUAGGUGGAAUUUGCCAUGUAACGAGCGAAUCGACAAGUCAAAUGCCUCUUUUUUUUCUUUUUUUUUUUUUUUGGCUUAGUUUGACUUGUAGAAUGCCUCUCCACCUUGUAUUGUGCCAAAGGAGAAUUUCUUCAUGUUCGUUUCUUUCCUCCUUCAAAUUUGUAUUCUUUGAUUCAUAUCCUCCGUUUGGAUCGUCCCAUUUCUGUUUAUGUUCAUCUCGGAACCAGAGCACUAAAACUCACUCAGUCCGAUCAUCUCCAAGACCAGCUCUUGGGCCCACUUUGAAGCAGUCGCCGAUGUCUUACUAUGCUUCUCUCCUACAAUCUUGUGUGGUUCGAAAGGCGAUAGAGCCUGGAAAGCAGCUUCACGCUCGUAUUUGGCAAAUGGGUAUUAGUUUCAACCCUCUUUUGGCUACUAAAUUAGUCAAUCUUUACUGCAUUUGCAACUCUUUGACAAAUGCUCGUCUCUUAUUUGAUAGAAUUUCCAAACGAAAUCAGUUCCUUUGGAAUGUUAUGAUUCGAGGUUAUGCUUGGAAUGGACCAUAUGAGAUUGCAAUUUCACUUUACUACCAAAUGCGAGAUUAUGGGCUUGUGCCUGAUAAAUUCACCUUCCCCUUUGUGCUUAAAGCUUGCUCGGCUCUUUCUGCAAUGGAAGAGGGAAAGAAGAUACAUAAAGAUGUUAUACGCACUGGGUUGGAGAGUGAUGUGUUUGUUGGUGCGGCCUUGAUUGAUAUGUAUGCUAAAUGCGGUUGUGUAGAGAGUGCUCGACAGGUGUUUGAUAAAAUUGAUGAGAGAGAUGUUGUGUGUUGGAACUCCAUGCUUGCAACUUAUUCUCAAAAUGGGCAACCUGAUGAGUCACUUGCUCUAUGUAGGGUGAUGGCCUUAAAUGGAUUGAAGCCCACUGAGGGGACAUUUGUCAUCUCCAUCGCAGCUUCGGCUGACAAUGGCCUUUUACCUCAAGGGAAGGAGCUUCAUGGUUAUAGUUGGAGACAUGGAUUUGAGUCAAAUGACAAGGUGAAAACUGCAUUGGUGGAUAUGUAUGCUAAGAGUGGCUCAGUAAAUGUGGCUAGGAUUUUGUUUGAGUUAUUGGAGGAGAAGAGGGUAGUUUCUUGGAACGCCAUGAUAACUGGGUAUGCAAUGCAUGGUCAUGCUAAUGAAGCUUUGGACUUGUUUAAGGAGAUGAAAGCAAAAGUUUUACCUGAUCAUAUAACUUUUGUUGGAGUUCUCGCUGCCUGCAGCCAUGGAGGGUUGCUUAAUGAAGGGAAGAUGCAUUUCAGAUCAAUGAUAAGUGAUUUCAAUAUAUGUCCUACUGUUCAACACUACACUUGUAUGAUUGAUCUACUUGGUCAUUGUGGUUGCUUGGAAGAAGCUUACAAACUCAUAAUGGAAAUGAGAGUAGAGCCAGAUGCUGGUGUCUGGGGUGCGUUGCUUCACUCGUGCAAAAUCCAUGGCAAUGUGGAGAUGGGUGAGCUAGCAUUAGAGAAGUUGAUUGAGCUUGAACCUGAUGAUGGUGGGAACUAUGUGAUUCUAUCGAAUAUGUAUGCUCAAGCUGGUAAGUGGGAUGGAGUCGCAAGACUAAGGGAUCUCAUGAUGGAUAAGGGGUUGAAGAAAAGUAUUGCUUGUAGUUGGAUACAAGUGGGAAACAAAGUUCAUGCCUUCUUGUCGGAAGAUGCUUCUCAUCCCAAGUCUGAAGCAAUCUAUGCCGAGUUAAAACGGAUGGGGAAGUUGAUGAAAGAAGCUGGCUAUGCACCGCAAGUUGGGUCAGUUUUCCACGAUGUUGAAGAUGAUGAAAAGGUUGAUAUGGUGUCCUGUCAUAGUGAAAGAUUGGCCAUUGCUUUUGGACUCAUCAGCACAUCUGCGGGAACUAAGCUCUUAAUUAUCAAGAAUCUUCGAAUUUGUGAGGAUUGUCAUGUUGCAAUAAAGUUCAUAUCGAAGAUCACUGAGAGGGAAAUUACUAUCAGAGAUGUUAAUCGUUAUCAUCACUUCAAAGAUGGAGUUUGCUCUUGUGGUGAUUUCUGGUGAAUGGUUGGAAUUUUUUUUAAUACUCCAACUGGGAGGUGAACAUGAGAAGUAGAUGUAAUCUUAUUAUACUGUGGAUGAGAAUUGAAGAAUUCUGGGUAAAACAUUUAAGGUAAAAUCAUGUUCGAAGCAAGGAUUUGCUUGCUACCAAUAACCUCGAAACCUUGAAAACUGUGAAGUAAAAGCAAUAACCUUUGCCAUUAAAAAGACCUUACUCCUGAACAAAAGAAGGAUUGAGGCAUUGGGCAGCUGCCUUUUUCAUCUUCCAUUUCCAAAUUAAAAAAGAAAAAGUAAAAAAAAUCAAGGCACCAGUGCAUUAAAAAUCUCGUACUUUGUUCGAGUCUUGACUAAUAAUCUUGAAAGGACUUCUUCAGCUUACUCUUACUCUUCUACAUCCAAACUGGCAAAUGAAGUCUUAAUGUUGUAAAGGAUUUUAUGCUUCAAAAGUUUCAAAUGUUGGGUACCCAGCUUGAAGUUCUUAUCAAAAUUUCAUUGGGACAAAAAGACGUUUAUUUUUAAGUAAUGCAAACCUGAUUUAUGGAUUUGACGUAGCUUUUUGAACCAAGACAUUUUGCCCAUUCCAUUCACCGUGGGGAUGGGAGGUUCAAAUAAAAUUAUUAAUGGAUGCCCCCUCACUUGAAAGCCUACUCUAUUCUUUAAUCAUUUUAGUUAAUGGUUGCUUUGAUGCAACUAUCUGCGCCUUAAUUCGUCGUGGAGAAUUCUUUUUUGUAGUCAGCUAAGGAGCUUGGCAAGAUAGUGGUUGAAAGGCCCGUAUUAUGCUCAGAACUAUGGUUUGAAAUUUACUGGAUUUUCUCAACAGGUGGAUCUGGCCAAUAUUCAAAAAGAAGGAAGAGGAAAAGGCGCUCAGGGAGCUUAUAGAGCAAAGGCCCAACUGAUGGGAACCUUUGGAGGUACUGGCCUGAAAAAAAGUGGGAAGCAGCGAGAGUUCCUGACACAAUAUACGUAGAUUACUUGUGCUGAAACGAAACUGCAGUCAGCUGAACUCUUUCUGAUCAAUUGAUUGCGUCACAUGUUAUUCUGCUGCAUGAAUCUGAAUAACGUAAACUUGACCGUGCUCCUACUUUCAUGUUGUGUCGUUCUUUGUAAGGGUCUGGAUGAUCAUAUGCUCUUCUCCUUGCUUCUUAAGCAAAAAACCAAAUAGCCGGAAGAAAUCAAUAACCUGAACUUCAAUGAUCAUAUGGAACAAUCUUCUUGGAAAGUAAUGCAACACGUUAUGGGUAUCUAA